AGUGAUUCAGAUUGGAUCGGCCCUUCGGUCAAUGGCCGAUAAAAGCUACAGAUGACCGGAAAAAACAAAUUCAGUACGUCAAUCGGGCCGAGAAAAAUUCAGUUUGUCAGACAAUUUGACCGAAAAAUUUCUGUAGCAAACGGUCAAAACUUCAUUUUACAAUUUAGCCUCGAUUAUAACAGAUAUUUUCGUCCCUAUCUAUGCGAUUAAAAAGAUAAAGUACGAAUCGUUUAUUUAAAAUAAUCCGAGUCAUACAGGCGCUUAUCGGUACCCGGCGCUUAUUGAUUUAGUGUAGUGCGGAACGCUUCGAUGUUUAUCGUUGUUGUAUGAAAAAUAUGGCGGCGAAAAAACCUCUCUUUGAUGCAAAACAACGAUCUUUAUUUAGUGUUGGUUUUAAUAGUGAAAAAUCAUCAAACCAGCCGCCUAUCAAAGAAAAAGGUAGUUCAUCUGAUUCUAAAGUACCACGUUCAUUUCAAAAUAAAUGGCUUCAGGCCCACAAGUGGCUUAAGUUCAAUACAGAAAAGCAGUUGAUGUUUUGUACCCUUUGUAUUAACGACGGACGCGACAACAUAUUUACGCAAGGUUGUAAUAAUUUUAGAACAAGUACUUUUAGUGACCAUGUUAAAUCAAAAGAUCACCAGAGAUCUUUAGCGGCAAAUGCUUGUAAAGAUGACUUUAAAAGUGUGAUGAACAAGCACUUCUCUGCCAAGGAAGAAGCGGUUCUACUUGCCUUAAAGACAGUUUAUUACCUGGUUGAAGAAAAUAUACCGCUCAGUAAAUUCAAAUCACUCGUUGAGUUUCAGAAAAGUGUUGGUGUGAGUGGCUACAAUCAUCUGUCUGUAUCUGACGGUAUAAGCUAUGAGUCGGACUAUGCUAGUCAUGAAUUUUUGAAAGCUGUAUCCGACACUGUGGAGACACAUACUGUACAAAAACUACAGAAGUCCCCAUUUGUUACACUUCUUUGUGACGAAUCAACAGAUCGUACUGUUACACACCGCCUAGUCAUUUAUUGCCAGGUUUUGGGGGAGGAUAUGUUUCCUGAAACAUUAUAUUUAUGCAACAUUCGCCUAGAUGAAGGAACAGGUGCAGCUAUUUCUUCUGCACUAUACAAGGAGUUGGAAAAAAGGGGAAUUGGUCCUGAAAAGAUAAUGGGUCUUGGCACAGACGGAGCUAGUGCAAUGACAGGUAGAGACAGAGGAACUACAGGCAUGAUGCUGCGUCAAAACCCACAUAUCAUGAAUGUACACUGCAUUGCCCACAGACUAGCGUUGUGUACAAGUCAGGCGUCUGAUUCUGUGCCACCAAUGAAAGCAUAUCAGGAAGUCAUAACAUCUAUCUUUUACUACUUCAAAUUCUCUGCUGCAAGAGUUGCAAAGUUACAGGCCAUUCAGGAUGUCUUGGACUCCCCCCGAUUGAGAUUUAAAGAGGUCCAUGCUGUUCGGUGGAUGUCGUUCUUCUCUGCACUUGAAGCAGUUUACAAGGGCUUGGAUCCAUUGAUUACUUAUCUAGCUGCCACCCCAAUGAGUGAUGCCAAAGCACAAGGAUUGAAAAAAAAGAUUGCCACACUGAAGUUCAUAUCUAUUACCUACAUAAUGAUGGACAUCAUUCCAAUUGUGACUCAGUUGAAUCUUUUCUUCCAAAAGGAAAUUACAGAUGUAGCAUUAGUCAAGGUGAAGAUUGACCAGACAUUGUCAGACCUACAGCAGUUGAUAAGCACUCCAGGAUGCCAUGAGCAGAAGUUAGCUGAGGUCAUUACAGACACUUGCUUCAAGGAGCACACUAUCUCCCAGUGUCCAAAAAGUGACAUAGCUAGUGCCAAGGAGAAAUUUAUCACUGCACUUGUUAAUAAUAUUGAGAAAAGGUUUCCAGAUACUGAUCUUCUAUCCUCAUUUGGGGUACUCUCAAUGAGGCCCAUCACACUGCUGUCAGAUGUUGAACUGAAAACCUGGGGUGAUGAAAAAAUAGACAUUCUUGUCAAUCAUUUUGGAGAGGAGAAAAGUCACAAAUGGAAGGUUGAUGGGGUGCAGCACACUAAGACCAGCUCUCCAAUCAUAGAUCCAGAUGCAACAAAAAAUGAAUGGAAACAGAUUAAGAUACUUGUUAAAGCAGAAAUGUAUCCCCGUGAUGAUCUCUUUAAACUGUGGCAUCUUAUAAAUAAGUUUCAUGGUGAACAGUUCCCUAACCUUUUGAUAUUGGCCAGUCUUGCCAUCAUAUGUCCUGUAAACACUGCAGGCUGUGAGAGGGGGUUUUCUGUUCAAAAUCAAACUCUUACAGCUUUGAGAAACAGGCUCAAUCCUGACACUCAGGACCAAAUCAUGAGGAUAAGGAUAAAUGGCAAGCCUAGGGAAGAUUUCCCAUUUGAAGAUGCUUUAAAGGCAUGGAAAGCAGCUGUACCUAGAAAAUUGUUUAACUGACUGAAAUAGAAAUGAAUGAAAUAUUUUCCAAACAAAAGGGAUAUUAAUAAAGUAAACUUGAAAGUGUCAAUAAUGUUUUAUUAUUCAUUUGA